ACAAAAUAGCCUUGAGUCAUAGAUUUAAUGAGCGAGCGUUACUACUUCAUAAUACACAUUAUCAUUUAGUAGCAAUAGACAAUAGCUAACACUACACUUUGAUGGUGUACUUGUCAAUUAUUAUAAUGUUAUUACUUCGUUGUUGCUUCCGGACUUCAACGUUUUCAGUUAGCUCAGCUUAAGCGGUACACAUUGUCCUCAGAGUGACUCUUAUCUUGAGGUCUUAUCAUGUGGGUUUUCGGGUACGGGUCUCUUAUAUGGAAAGUGGAUUUCCCUUAUGAGGAAAAAAUGAUUGGCUACAUAAAAGGGUUCAGCCGUCGGUUUUGGCAGGGAAGUACUGAUCACCGGGGAAUACCGGGCAAGCCUGGCCGGGUGGUGACACUGGUGGAGGAUCCUGAGGGCUGUGUUUGGGGCGUUGCUUACAAGCUACCGACCGGCCGGGAGCAGGAAGUGAAGAGCUACCUCGACUACAGAGAAAAAGGUGGUUAUCAGGUCAUCACAGUUAAUUUUCACCCCCGUCCACCCAUCUCUGCGCCGCCCAGCCAGACGCUGCUCUACAUUGGCUCUCAGGACAAUCCAGACUACCUCGGCCCCGCCCCUCUGGAGGAGAUAGCCAAUCAGAUUGUCAACUCUACCGGUCCAAGUGGGAAGAACACCGAGUACCUGUUUCAGCUAGCUGAUGCUAUGAGGACAAUCCUGCCAGAGGACUUGGACACACACCUGUUUUCUCUAGAAACUUUAGUGAGAGAAAGAUUACUUAAUGUGAAGAAACACUCACACACUCAAACAGGUUAAUUUUGAUUAGAUGACUGACAAGAGAUGAUCAAUGAUACAUACCAUGUUUGAUUUUUUUUAAACUCUCAGGGUUCAAAAACAGAUAAGGAUAUUUGUUGGGUACAGAAAAUGUGUGGACGAGGUCUGUUUUUUAAUGUUAAACUGUAAGUUAAUGUCACAAUACUGUCAAAAAUGUUCUGAAAAAACAGCUUACAUUGCGAAUAAAAUGUAUUGAAAUGUGA